AUGCUGCGCGCCCGCCGCCGGGGCCGGCCGGGGCCCGCGGGCAGCGCCCGGCAGGGCGGCCCCGCCUUCUACGUGCUGUGGGCUCUGCGGGAGCCGCCGCGGCGGCUCGGCAGCCAGUCCAACCGGAGGGGUUUCCAGGCUUGGCUGCCCCUGCCAUUGCCAAAGCAGCUGGUGGUGUUCGGGCUGGGAGACUGGAGCUGUUACUCUCCAGACACGAGCAUCGCAGUGGAUGUGCUGGUGUCCCCAGGCGUCGCGCCACAGCGGGUCGGCAUGCUGGAGCCCACCCGCAGGUCUCUGGUGUGGGAAGAUGACUGGAGAACAGAUAUUUUCAUGGCCUCGUUGAAAGAGAUGGACAAAGGCAACCCUGUGAGGCUUGUUCUGACUGUCAAUGGACAGCUGCUCCGAGGUGUCUCCAGCAGUACACCUGUCCAUCCCUUCCUUGUACCAGAGACCACCCAGUCACCAGUGCUCCCAGCAGAUGAUAGGCCCCUUGGCCAGGACCUGGACCUGGAGGACCCUACUGGGGUUAAGAGUCAGAGCUCAGAGGUGGCUGCCAGAGCAUCCAGAGCUGUGAAGAAGGAUGUCCGGCCACCACUGAGGACCGUGGUGGUACCCUGUGCCCUGAAGUCACCAGCUGGAAAGGUGGAAUCCAAUGAGGCCUGGAGGAAGAGUCCUGACCAAGAACCACCAAGAGUCCACUCCAAAAAGCCCAGAAAAGUUUUAUUUGAACCAACAGCAUCUGAGAGAGAUCUUGAUGAAGAAGAUCUGGCAGUGAAGGAGUUGCAAGGCAGUCCCAGCCCUCGGUGGUGCCAUGCCAUGUGCCUCAGUGACCUGGGGACAGCUGUUCUCAUUGGUGGAGAAGGUGUCAAUCAACAGUCCUGCAGGGAUGCUCUCUGGAAGCUGGAAAUUGACAGUGAUUUAUGGCUUCCAGUGGGUUUCCAGCUACAAAAUGCCAUGCCAUCGUGCUUACAUGGUCACACAGCUACCUACGACCCUGACACCAAGCGUAUCUACAUCUUUGGGGGCAUAAGGGAGGACAAAGACUACAGCAGCAUCUACAUUCUGGACACAGUCACCUGGAAAUGGCUCCUUGUGGCUGCUAAAGGGAGGAUACCAGUGCUCACCUACCACAGUGCAACUAUUUACCACAAGGAGCUCUUUGUUUUUGGAGGAACUUUCCCCAGAAAGACAUCGCUGGCAGUUGCACCCUGCAGCAAUGUGCUCUAUGUCUUCAAUCCAGAGCAUGAAAUUUGGUAUCAGCCCAUUUCAGAAGGGGAGAAGCCUCUGCCUAGGCUUGGGCAUUCAGCUACUCUAUUGAAAAACAAGCUGCUCAUUUUUGGGGGUCAGAGGACUUCUGUCUACCUCAGUGACAUGCACAUUCUGGAUCUGGGUUUCAUGGAGUACACAUCAGUCCCACUCCUGGCAGGACAGCCUUCUGCACGUUGCUUUCAUGCAGCUCUGGCUGUGUCGGACCAGAAGGUUCUGAUCAGUGGAGGCUGCAAUGCCAGAGGAGCCCUGCAUGAUGCCUUUGUCUUCCACCUAGAUACUCUUUCGUGGAGCACAGUGAUCAACCACGACCUCUGCUCUGUUCCCCGAGCUGGCCACACAUUGCUUGACCUGACUCCUGCCUACUUGAUGGAUAUGGACAAGGAGAACAAAGAGGAGCAGAAGCUGCACACGGUGUUGGUCUUUGGGGGCUCCAACUGUGCUGGGACCUUUUAUAACAGCACACUCAAGAUCCAGCUGGACCUAGGAUAAUGCAUGAUUCUCAGAAUGAGCCUAAACAGCAAGGCUCUUCA